AUGAUGAGAGGGUGAAGUUUACCAAGUUCCUGUGUCUGUUGAGGCGGUAGAAUGCUCUUCCAACUACGCAUUACAUUACUCGGUGUCUCGCGCCCGACUCAUUCUCGGUCCAUGUCCUGAUCUCUUGCUUCCUCUUCCAACCCCACCACUCCCAUGAAAAUCCUCGAUCCCCAGUCGGCUGUCCUGUCGACGCUAGAGGUUCACCAGUUCCUCAAAGAGAACCCUCCUCGGCCGCGCGCCAAGAAGGUGGGGAGCUACCUAGCUGUCGACCUGAAGAAUUAUGUCAACAUUCGACAAGAUUUAGCAAGAUAUUUAGACACCACUGUUCCCUAUGUGGCAGAUCAGACCUCUCCUGAUGUCUUUAUCAAAGAUGUCGUCCCCAAGCUGCGCCGCCUGGGCCUGACUAAGCCUGAAGCCCUGAUGCUCGUCAAUCUGGGUAUUGGCACCCCCAAAAGCCUCCUCCCCCAAGGUUCCGCGCCCGGUGAAGAUGCCGAGACUGAGGCUGUCAAUGGUGGUGAUGCUGAAAACCUUACAAAUGAGGAGCCGGUUGAUGAAGAGAUGGAGGAUGCAGAUCCACACUCGUCUUAUGAUCGUCAACUCGUCCCCAUUCUCGUGGAGGAAUUCGACGAAAGGUUUCCUGGGGACCAGAGUGAACAGACGGUUGAAGAAAUCUUGAACACUAUUAGGGAGAGUUAUGACCAAGCAAUGGCGUCUACAACAACACGCAAUGGCUCUGGCACAAAUGGUACAUAGGUAUUGAAGGGAGGUGCCCUGCUUGUACAGCUGCAUAGCCUAGGAUAGGUAUGAUUGAUGCAAUUGCAAUCUCUUCUUGAUCAUGGCAAUGAUUGCGUUGAUUGAGAAC